AUGUCACAUAUGCGUCAGAUGGACGCGAUGAUGGCGGUGGAUCAUACAGUUCAGAAGGCGGCCAGAAAGAUUACAAACAGACGUGUUAUAUACGAAUACAUAGAUUUGUCUCAUCUUACAAAUGUACCGGAAGAAAUAGAACCAGUUAGCUUCAACGCCUUGCUGAAAGAGUACUCAAGGAAAGUUAGAGAUGGGGCCUGUGUUGAACCAAGCUGUCCAGCACCCCAGUCCACAACACUGGAAGAAAACCUGAGAAGUGUCCUGUCUACCAUGUCGGAACGGAAUCUACGGGAUCUGGACAUAUUAAUGAGACGGUUCCCAGAGCCCCCUACCGGCAAAAGAACAAUGUUUGUCACAGCAACAUCCAGCAACCACUUCUACGAGUCCCAGGCCCUGAUCCGGAACCUCCACAGGAAUGUCUUCCCUCUGAUUAAUAACUACACAUUUGUGCUCUAUGAUCUGGGACUGACGGCCUCUGAACGAAAGCAGGCUAACUUACAUAAGGCAGACAUACUGGUGUGGAUGGACGCGUCUGUGAGGUUCUCCAACAAUAUCAUCAAACCCCUGCUAGAUGAUGCAGAGAGACGAGGCAUGGUGUUAGCCUCAGGGACCAACUCUGUUGGGCAGCAUACUCUACAGGUUACAAUGAACUACAUGAAGGAAGACGUCUGCACCCUAGCUCCAGUGUUAGAGCAUGAAGCAACAUUCAUCAUGUUUCACAAUAAGCAGUGGGUACGAGAGGCCGUUGUGAAACCAUGGGCAGUUUGUGCCGUGAGUGAUAAGUGCAUGUGUCCUCGGGAUCCAGAAUACGAUACCUACUGUAACGUGCACAUCCACAAGUACAAGAAGUGUCAUCGUUAUGACCAAACUGCAAUAAACAUCAUACUCGCCAAGCUUUUUCGGGACCACACAAGUAGUUUUCUUUCGCUGUACUACGACUAUGUCAGUUUACUGCGUGGUGAUACGUAUCGGUAUUUUGAUGAACUUGAGGAAUGGCAAGCAGUGCCAGCUGGUCGUCGCCCUUGA